UGUUCUCAAAAGAAGAGUUCCAAGUUUUGUUUCUUGUAUAAUAAAACCCUUCAAAAACCCAAAAUGUGAAAAUGUAACUCCGGAUUCCAUGUCAACUCUACACUCUACCACACCAGAUUUGUAGUUUUAAAAAAAAAGAAGCUUCAAACUUCAAACCCAGAAAAAUCCCACUCUUUUUUGACUAAUUAUUACCAUCAUCUUUUCCUCAUGCUCUUCAAUCAAUGCUUUCUCUCUCCUCAAAUCUGAGAAACCCUCUUUCUUCUUCUUCUUCUCUCUCACAAAGUUGUUCUCAUUAAUCCCCAUAAAAAAAAGAAGCUACCUUUAAUUUUAUCUCUCCAAAAUGAGUAGUAGUAGCACCAUUCAAGCUGCAUUUUUGUGCUUUAUUCUUCUGCAAACUGCCAUUUUUACGUCUUUAAGUUAUGAUGAUUUUGAUCCCUCAGAAGAUGAAUGGGAAUCUGCUACUGCAACUUAUAUUAAAGAAGCAAAUGGGUCUAUUAUCACUGAAGGAGCAUGUGGGUAUGGUGACCUUCACAAGGCAACCUAUGGAAGAUAUGGGACUGGAUUAAGCACAAUAUUGUUCAAUAAAGGGAGUAGUUGUGGAGCUUGCUAUGAAGUAAGAUGUGUUGAUCAUGUAAAAUGGUGUCAGCCAGGGAGUCUUUCAGUUGUUGUUACUGUCACUGAUUUCUGUGCUCCAAAUUAUGGCCUUUCUUCUGAUUAUGGUGGCUGGUGUAAUUUCCCUCGCCAGCAUUUCGAAAUGUCAGAAGCUUCAUUUACUGAAAUUGCUGUGAAAUCAGCAGAUAUUGUUCCAAUUCAAUACAGGAGGGUAGAGUGUGAAAGAGAUGGUGGGAUGAGAUUUACGGUGACUGGAAACGCCAACUUUUACCAAGUUCUUAUAACAAAUGUAGGUUUGGAUGGUGAAGUGAUGGGAAUAAAAAUUAAGGGAUCGAGAACUGGUUGGAUACCAAUGGCAAGAAACUGGGGACAACUUUGGCAAUGUAAUAUAAAUCUGAAAGGGCAAUCUUUGUCGUUCGAGGUAAGUACCAGCAGUGGAAAAUCAGUGACAUCUUAUAAUGUAGCUCCAGCAAACUGGCAGUUUGGCCAGACCUUUGAAGGAAAACAGAUUUACAACUAUUAGGAAAAUAGCAAGUGUUCAGAGAAUAUUUAGAAUUUGUGGGUGGCAUUUUGAGAUUAUUGGCUUCAAAGAGGCCUGAAUUUUGUACUAGUAAGGAACAUAAUAGUAAUCAAAUGAAAAGCUAAUUGAACAA